GCGUCCAGGAAGCAGACAAACCGUAGUCCCACGUUAAUAUCACAUAAAUUCUCCAAUUCCCCGAAAUAAACUCGAUAAUUCGGAAAUUUCCGAGUGAAAGACGAAAAUUUUCAACGGUGAGUCGACAUUCGAGUGAAAAAAAUAGUGAAUUCACCGAUAAAAUUAGCGAAUGUUGUCGAUUCUAUGUGAAUCGAGGUGGCAAGAGGAUCCCAAGGGAUCUCCAAUGUCUUCCGAGGAAAUUUGCCAGGAUAUUCACUCCAAUGAGAAUGAAUCAUCCCCGAAGAUGAACGAAGGAAUUGACCUGGAGAUUCCGGAGUUGUGCCUGCCGGCGUCACCGCAGUACGUGAGUCGUCAGGACUCGGGUGUCCCAGAGGAUCUCUCAUCGCCGUCGGCGAAGACUUCCCCGGAGAACGACGAGGAUGAUGACCCCAAUGGCACGAUGAACAGCGAUUGCAACAUCACGGUAAUUCACGUUACGGAUACCCUGGUGGAGGGUAAGGACAAGGAUACUAAGGACGGAAGUGAUUCCGGGGUGGAGGGUUGCGCCACGGAGAUACCCAGGGUAAACGGCUACAGCAGCAUUAACAACCUCGACGAGGUGUCAUGCGAUUCCAGUCUGGUAUCGUGCAGUUCAGUUUACGAGGAUCCAUGCGGUACACUCCCCGACGAAUUGCCCCGCACUCCAAUUCCGCGACCUGGUGAGCACACGUCGGAGGGUGGAAGUGAGAGUUCAUCGGUGACGGGUUCCACAGGCUCCCGACCAACACCUCGACCCUCAAAACGCCCACCGUGCACUCCAACACCCAAGAAAAAACCCACUAAUCCCCCGGCGAAGACGUCCAGGUCGCGACCCACACCCCAGAGUGAACCAUCUCGAUUGAAAUCCCGUCCUCAAUCCGUUAAACCCAUACCCCCAACCAAACAAACGACAAAACCCUGGUGUGGUGCUACACCGGCUCGCACCAGGAGUCGAUCCCGUCCUCUCCCCGACACUCUGACUCUAUCAUUGGCGUCUCCACUCGCCAAGGAACUCGACAAGGAUCUCUCCCAGAGGGGAAUCACCCGGGGAACUGCCUCAAGCAUCUCAAAAUGCCGAACAACACCUGUUCCUACACCCUCGGAGGAUCUCAAACGUUCCGCACCCACUCCCCGGUCGUCGAAGCUCCUCACCAGAUCGAUAACACUCGAUAAAACGAGAAAAUCCGAGCUCCAGAAAAUCGAGACCAAGACAAUCGAGACGUUCGGAACACUUCCCAGGAGACGACCAUCAAAAUUCAAUAUCCAGGAUGACAAGAAGUCGCGAGAGCCAUCGCUCUCCAGGAAGCGCUCCCUGGUGAAGCCGAAAAUUGAGAGAACUGUCAUUUAUCACGAAGUGAGUGUUCAGACGGGACUCACCGAUGUGGAUAUCGAGCAAUUGAUACAAGGAAUACCCACGAGGAGUGGUCCAGAGGUACCAGACAGGAUAACCUCGGAUACCCAGACGGAGGUGUCCGUCGUACCGGAGGCAAUGUAUGAGACCCUGAGGGGACAGCUCGACGAAGCGAGAAGAGAGAAGGAGAGGCUCGAGGUGAAGCUAGCUGCCACUAAGAGAGAGCUGGGGGAUGAGAGGGCCGAUCACGAGUUCACCAGGAUGGAGCUGGGGAAGAAUUUGCAGAGGGUUCAGGCGAUCCUUGGGAAUACUGAGAACGAGGGAAAUGAUUCCCUCCUGGAGCUCGAGUCACAUUUCCAGGAAUCAGGCCAGGUGGUGGCAAAUCAACAGGUGGAAAUAGCAAAUCUGCAGUCUCUCUGCAGAAUGUUAAAUCGCGACCUUGAGAAGAGUCUGGCAGCUCAGAAGACUCUACUACAUCAUCAGCAGGAGGUGGAGGCCGAGACUCUGGAGCUCCAGGAAUUUCUCCACCUGGAGAAAACAGCAAUGGCUGAGGCGAUGAAGGAGCUGGAGGCAGAGCUCCAACAGAAAAAUCUCACAAUCACUGCCAAAGACGAGGAAAUCCGUCGUUCAACCGAGGAGUGCAAACACCUGGUGAGAAUGAGCGAGCAACGACGACAGGAGAAUCUCUCCCUGGAGAUGAGAAUGAGUGCAAUCGAGAGAAAAUGCCGGGAUUUGUUGCUGACACAGGGUGCAGCAGUCUCAGGUGCUGGUGUUGCAUUGUCAGGAUUGGGUAAUCGAUUGGAGGGACUUGUCGAUCAACUCGUCAAGUCGUACAAAAUAUCGGAGAAGGAUUUGGAGGACGUGGUGUACCACAAUGAGGCGUAUUCGAAGUCGAAUAGCAGUGCUGAGUCGUCACCUGUGAGCUCUAGGUCUUUGAAUCUCGUGCCAUCACCCAAGAGGCAUUCAUUCGUGUCGGCUGUCAUCGGGGCUAUCAGAAAUGCUGCGACACAUCCGUUCGUGGGGAAGAGGUCGUGCGAGGGGGGUAAGGGAUUGUUCAGGGAGCUCAGGGCUGACGAAAGCGAGGAUCUUCUGGACUUUGAGACUGAGCCCUGUCUCAUGAUGGAAAGUGUCCUCGAGGAUGUUCCUCUGCAUGAUGGUUAUACCAGGAAUAUGGUUAGCAGUUGUGAUUCACUCAGGAGGGGAUUCAGUGUUCCUGAUGGUGUACUUGAGGGUUACGAGGGUGACAGGAGUCCUGAGGAGUUCUCAUCCCUCAAUAGUCUCACUCAGGCUAUCCUAAAUCGACGAAGGGCUGAGGACGAGGAGGAGGGUGACACUGGCGAUGAGGAGGAGGAGGACAGUGCUCACAGGGUUCAGGACUAUGGAACAGCUGUUAAUCUCGUCGAUCAGGUAAUCGAUGUGGAUAAUCUUGUUACCAAAUUGCUGAAGGUCUUGAGGAUCAUUCAGCUGGAGAAUGACACCUGCAUCAAAGAACUCAGGGAGGAAAAAGGAAUGCUCGAGGCCAGAAUUGCUGGUGAGGGCAGAGAACAGGGCAAUGAGAAAAACGAAGGUAUUGCAUCUUGAAGAUGAGGCUCAACCGAUCUAGUCUACGCCAGGAAUGACCCACCGGCUUCAGCUACUCCUAGACUACCCCAAUUCCCAUGAGACUGCAUUUAUCUCCCAAUUACUCGCUUUUACGUUAAUGAGCAGUGGAUCAAUGACCUAGAUUACCCAAAUGUAUCAUAAUUGUAAAAACUAGGACCAUAAGUUUCAAAUAUCUUUUGUACCAUCGAACCCCCGGAAUUGCGUAAUUAAAAAACAGCAGGGAAUGAUAAACUGUAUUUAUUGUAAUUUCAGAUGAAUAAAUAUCAUUUUAAUAAU